CAGCCUGCCACGGCCCUCCUGUGGGCCCCAACCCAUCGCUUGGGAACCACUGAGUUGGAGGAGAAUAACAGUGUGGAGGAGAGGAUGGGCAGCAAGAGUACCAGCCCCUCCAGAGACUCAGACACUGAGACGACUCAGAGAGAGGAGAGAAACAACACUGGGACUGCCUCAGGUAGCCUACAGCACUCAGCACAUAGCACACGUCUCACUGAGACGACUCAGAGAGAGGAGAGAAACAACACUGGGACUGCCUCAGGUAGCCUACAGCACUCAGCACAUAGCACACGUCUCCUUCAGUACUGUAUGUGUAUUAUACGGGACAUACAGUGCCUUCGGAAAGUAUUCACACCCCUUGACUUUUUCCACAUUUUGUUACCUUACAGCCUUAUUCUAAAAUGGAUUUAAAAAAUAAUAAUCCUCAGCAAUCUACACACAAUACCCCAUAAUAACAAAGCGAAAACAGGUUUUAAGAAAUGUUAGCAAAUGUAUUACAAAUAAAAAACAGAAAUAACUUAUUUACGUAAGUAUUCAGACCCUUUGCUGUCAGACUUGAAAUUGAGCUCAGGUGAAUCCUGUUUCCAUUGAUCAUGCUUGAGAUGUUUCUACAACUUGAUUGGAGUCCACCUGUGGUAAAUUCAAUUGAUUGCACAUGAUUUGGAAAGGCACACACCUGUCUAUAAUAAGUCCCACAGUUGACAGUGCAUGUCAGAGCAAAAACCAAGCCAUGAGGUCGAAGGAAUUGUCCGUAGAGCUCUGAGACAGGAUUGUGUCGAGGUACAGAUCUGGGGAAGGGUACCAAAAAAUGUCUGCAGCAUUGAAGGUCCCCAAGAACACAGUGGCCUACAUCAUUCUUAAAUGGAAGAAGUUUGGAACCACCAAGACUCAUUAUAGAGCUGGCCACCCGGCCAAACUGAACAAUCUGGGGAGAAGGGCCUUGGUCAGGUAGGUGACCAAGAACCCGAUGGUCACUCUGACAGAACUCUAGAGUUCCUCUGUGGAGAUGGGAGAAACUUCCAGAAGGACAACCAUCUCUGCAGCACUCCACCAAUCACGCCUUUAUGGUAGAGUGGCCAGACGGAAGCCACUCCUCAGUUAAAGGCACAUGACAGCCCGCUUGGAGUUUGCCAAAAGGCACCUAAAGACUCUGACCAUGAGAAACAAGUUUUUCUGGUCUGAUGAAACCAAGAUUGAACUCUUUGGCCUGAAUGCCAAGAGUCACGUCUGGACGAAACCUGGCACCAUCCCUACGGUGAAACAUGGUGCUGGCAGCAUCAUGCUGUGGGGAUGUUUUUCAGCGGCAGGGACUGGGAGACUAGUCAGGAUUGAGGCAAAGAUGAACAAAGCAAAGUACAGAGAGAUCCUUGAUGAAAACCUGCUCCAGAGCGCUCAGGACCUCAGACUGGGGGCAAAUGUUCACCUUCCAACAGGACAACCCUAAGCACACAGCCAAGACAACGCAGGACUGGCUUCGGGACAAGUCUCUGAAUGUCCUUGAGUGGCCCAGCCAGAGCCCGGACUUGAACCCAAUUGAACAUCUCUGGAAAGACCUGAAAAUAGCUGUGCAGCAACGCUCCCCAUCCAACCUGACAGAGCUUGAGAGGAUCUGCAGAGAGGAAUGGAAGAAACUCCCCAAAUACAGGUGUGCCAAGCUUGUAGUGUCAUACCCAAGAAGACUUGAGGCUGUAAUCGCUGCCAAAGGUGCUUCAACAAAGUACUGAGUAAAGGGUCUGAAUACUUAUGUAAAUGUAAUAUUUCCGUUUUAUUUGUAAUAAAUGUGCAAAAAUGUCUAAAACCUGUUUUUGCAUUGUCAUUAUGGGCUAUUGUUUGUAGAUUGAUGAGGGAAAAAAACAAUUUAAUCAAUUUUAGAAUAAGGCUUUUAUGUAACAAAAUGUGGAAAAAGUCAAGGGGUCUGAAUAUUUUCUGAAUGCACUGUAUUUACAGUGUAGUAUGUUUGCGUCACCUACCUAAGCUGUUUCAAAAGACAAGCACAAAUUUGAUCUUUGCGACUAGAGCACUAGAUUGUCCUUACUCUUUAUGGCUGCCAUGAUAAGACCUUAAGAGUAGCCUCAAAAUGUUACAUCUAACAGAUUAUUUUAAAAUGUUACACCCAUAUAUUCUACUACAUGCCUUUUAAAAUGUUACACCCAUACAUUCUACUACAUGCCUUUUAAAAUGUUACACCCAUAUAUUCUACUACAUGCCUUUUAAAAUGUUACACCCAUAUAUUCUACUACAUGCCUUUUAAAAUGUUACACCUAUUAAUUCUACUACAUCUCUAUUCAUCAACUGUGCAUUGCACAUGACAUUGUGUGUGCUUUCAGGAAGUGGCCCCAGAGGCCCCCCAGGCCCCAGCCCUGACCUGCUAGCCUCACUACAGUCUCUGGGAGAACACAAUGACCACACACUGCUGCCACAGUCUCUACACCAGGUGUGUGUGUGUGUGUGUGUGUGUUUUCACCCUCACAAGCAGAAGUCCUCUGUGGAUUGGUCCUCUGUGGAUUGGCUGAUUGUGUUUUGUAUCAUCCUCUUCUGUCACCAAUGUUUUGCCUCUGAAACAUCUUGCCUUUCCCUUCUGGUUUCUUUUCAUUUGUAGGGAGCAAAAUCAAGCUUGAAGAAUUGUAAUCAUUACAUUUGACAUUUUAGUCAUUUAGCAGAUGACUACAUUAGUGCAUUACUCUUUAGAUAGCUAGGUGAGACAACAACAUAUAAUCGUAGUAAGCACAUUUUCCCUCAGUAAAGUAGUUAUCAGCAAAGUCAGUGCCGGUAGGAAAAGACUAGUGCAUUUUUAAAAGAUUCUCAGUGGGAUUUAUUUCAGAUACUCUUUGAUGCCCCUUAUCUGUACACUGUUCUAAUCUUAUUCUGUUACAGCGUUGGCCCUCAUAGUUCUGUAAUAGCCUUGUAGUUGUUUUUGUUUCUUUGCCAAUUCUGGUCAUCAUGGAACAAAGAGCCAGCUAUGAUUUAGACGCCCAAAGAAAGGACAGGCAACACUGAUACACUGAGGCUGCAUCCCAAAUGGCACCCUAUUCCCUACAUAUGGCCAUUCCAUAUGGGCCCUGGUCAAAAGUUGCGCACUAUACAGGGAACAGGGUGCCAUUUGGGAUGGGCCCCUUAUACACUGAUACAGAAGAAAGGGUUGCUCUGUGAUCAAACUGGUACAAUCAGUGGAGCAUUGGCAGAAUAACUGGCCAAGAGAAGUAAACUCCUUGUAAACAGGCACUGACCUCUAUAGGAAAUGUCAUGGCAUCUUGAGUAUGUGUGUCGCUCUACAGAGUUGAGGCAGGGGCGGGCAGAGUUGUUUUGAGUUCUGCUGUGCGUCAUGUUAUAAGUGAAACUGAGACACAGUGGCUUGUUAUUCACCUCGUGACAUCUGAGUCCCACCUUGAGUCUUUUCCCCCUAUACUUUCCUAUACUUUAUUUCCAAGCACGAGAAUAUCUAUUCUAGUCUGCAGCUAAAGCAAGCACACCAUUUUUCUUCAGCAAAAACCGUUCUAAUUAAAUUAAAUUAAUUACUUUCUAAAGUAACCUUUCUAGUUAAUGUAUUUCCUUUAUGUAAGAUAUUGAGAACACAUUCUCUUUUUAAGUAAGGCCCUGGCAUACAGUACUGAAGUCUGAUUCUGAGUGAGUGAUCCAAGUAACAGAAUAAGCAGGUCGGUUUGUAAUGUUUUUAUUCUCUCUCUCUCUCUCGCUCUCUCUCUCUCUCUCUCUCUCUCUCUCUCGCUCUCUCUCUCUCUCUGUCUGUCUCUCUCUCUCUCUCUGUCUCUCUGUCUCUCUGUCUGUCUCUCUCUCUCUCUCUCUCUCUCUCUCUCUCUCUCUCUCUGUCUCUCUGUCUCUGUCUCUGUCUUGUUCUUCACAGAUAGCAGAGGCCUACUCCCUGGAUGAGGACUGUAUCCUUUCCAUCACUUAUUGCUAAUACUUAUCUCCACUUUGUCUUUUGUUUUAAUAGAGCUGUUGAAUAGCAGUGUUUUUCUUUCGAAGCUUUGGGGACUGUGGUGCCACUGUGGGGACUGACUGAAGGAAAGUAAAACAGUGUUUUUGCAGUGUUUCUUAAUCUCUCGUGGACAGAUUCUUGAGGACAGACGAAACGGCGAGAAUCUGUUAAGGCUCACAUAGAAUUAUGUGAUUACGAGCAGCAGCAGUUCCUGAUUUUGGGUUUUAUUAAUUGAUUAUUUGAACGAAUCAGGAUUGGGCGAAGGCGGUGCUUGUGCAGAGGUUUUCAAGCAGAUGUGGAUGAUAAACGGUUUCCACUAGAUUCCACAGACACAAAGUCAAAAUUGGCUGUAUCGUAAAAAUUCAUGAAAACAAAAAUGUCCCCUUUUGGCCAUUAUGAACACAGGUGAAAUUAGCAGAAGGGAGGGGUUUGGCCAUUAUGAACACCGGUGAAAUUAGCAGAAGGGAGGGGUUUGUCCUAGAAUUUCCAUUUUAGAGGGAGGAGACUUCGCUUCCUUCCUUUGCACAAAGGUAAUCACAGUUGUUAACGGCAUUUCCCCCAGAAGUAAAAUAGGAAAUGACAAACUUUCGCGAAAGAAUUUGACCUCUGGGUAACCGAGAUUAAGUGUUUCCAGGUGUGCUGGGCAGAGAGGAAUAUGAAUGUUUAGUUUCUGAGUUUCUAUAGGUGGGGUAUUUUCUUGUGUGGCGAGGUUGUUAGUAUUUGGCCUGUUCUGUCAUGGGUGGAUUUCCCUUGGUCCCUUGCAGUUUCCUCUGGAGUCUACUAGCUGGAGUCUACUCUGUCACUCUGUUUGUGAUGUUACCAUAGUAACUGGGCCCUGCGGUAUAGAGAUAAUUGUGUGUGGGUGUGGCUGUGUCCAGAGACAUAGGGUGCAUGUCAAAUGGCACCCUAUUCCCUAAGAUGCAACCAUAGUGGUGGUUUAUUUUUGGGAGGAUUGGGUGUGGAAGUUGGGGGGAGAGAAAUGUGUUCUACUGGAAGUAAUCCAAUUCAUUCCCAUUGAAAUAAGAAUCUCACACACACACACACACACACACACACACACACACACACACACACACACACACACACACACACACACACACACACACACACACACAGAGUAAAACACAGAGUAAAACACAGUCAACUGCAAAAUAGUAAAGUACACUACCGGUCAAAAGUUUGGACACCUACUCAUUCAAGGGCUUUUCUUUAUAUAUAUAUUUUUUUACAUUGUAUAAUAAUAGUGAAGACAUCAAAACUAUGAAAUAACACAUAUGGAAUCAUGUAGUAACCAAAAAAGUGUUAAACAAAUCAAAAUAUAUUUUAUAUUUGAGAUUCUUCAAAUAGCCACCCUUUGCCUUGAUGACAGCUUUGCACACUCUUGGCAUUCUCUCAACCAGCUUCAUGAGGUAGUCACCUGGAAUGCAUUUCAAUUAACAGGUGUGCCUUCUUAAAAGUUAAUUUGUGGAUUCUUUUUCCUUCUUAAUGCAUUUGACCCAAUCAGUUGUGAUGUGACAAGGUAGGGGGGGUAUACAGAAGAUAGCCCUAUUUGGUGAAAGACCAAGUCCAUAUUAUGGCAAGAACAGCUCAAAUAAGCAAAGAGAAACGACAGUCCAUCAUUACUUUAAGACAUGAAGGUCAGUCAAUAUGGAAAAUGUCAAGAACUUUGAAAGUUUCUUCAAGUGCAGUCGCAAAAAUCAUCAAGCGCAAUGAACAAAACUGGCUCGCAGGAGGACCGCCACAGGAAUGGAAGACCCAGAGUUACCUCUGCUGCAGAGGAUAAAGAAGAGACCUGCUUGGGCCAAGAAACACGAGCAAUAGACAUUAGACCGGUGGAAAUUUGUCCUUUGGUCUGGAGUCCAAAUUGGAGAUGUUUGGUUCAAACCGCCGUGUCUUUGUGAGACGCGGUGUGGGUGAACAGAUGAUCUCCGCAUGUGUAGUGCCCACCGUAAAGCAUGGAGGAGGAGGUGUUAUGAUGUGGGGGUGCUUUGCUGGUGAUACUGUUUGUGAUUUAUUUAGAAUUCAAGGCACACCUAACCAGCAUGGCUACCACAGCAUUCUGCAGCGAUUCGCCAUCCCAUCUGGUUUGGGCGUAGUGGGACUAUCAUUUGUUUUUCAACAGGAUAAUGACCCAACACACCACCGGGCUGUAUAAGGGCUAUUUUACCAAGAAGGAGAGUGAUGGAGUGCUGCAUCAGAUGACCUGGCCUCCACAAUCCCCCGACCUCAACCCAAUUGAGAUGGUUUGGGAUGAGUCGGACGGCAGAGUGAAGGAAAAGCAGCCAACAAGUGCUCAGCAUAUGUGGGAACUCCUUCAAGACUGUUGGAAAAGCAUUCCAGGUGAAGCUGGUUGAGAGAAUGCCAAGAGUGUGCAAAGCUGUCAUCAAGGCAAAGGGUGGCUAUUUGAAGAAUCUCAAAUCUCAAAUAUAUUUGGAUUUGUUUAACACUUUUUUGGUUACUACUUAAUUCCAUAUGUGUUAUUUCAUAGUUUUGAUGUCUUCACUAUUAUUCUUCAAUGUAGAAAAUAGUAAAAAUAAAGAAAAACCCUUGAAUGAGUAGGUGUGUCCAAGCUUUUGACUGGUACUGUACAUAUUCUGGUCAUAUAUAUUUUUUAUUGAGCAGCAGAACAUGCCCUGGAGUAGCUUCAAAAUUCCAGUAUUUGUUUAUAGCGUCAUCCAUUUUAUCUGAAUUCUGUGGUUUUCGCACAAGUGUGGCAGCUCAGUGAUGUCAUCUUCAAAACACCAGAUGCUGUAUAUAUUUGUCAGAAGUUUGUUUAUAUGAUCCUGUCUUUUGAAUCCCAGAGUUGACAGCUUCAGGGACAGCUGUUAUUGGCUGUUGGGGUGUCUGGUUUCCUUAACUGCUAAUGGUUAUCAGACCAGUGGGCGGUGCAGUUCCUGCAGCUGGAGAAACUGUACCAUGAGCGCCUCCUGUCCAACCUCGCUGCCCUGCAGGAGGACUGGGGUACUGCACUCUACUCCACACAUCUGUUCUGUCACUGCAGCCUGAAGUCCUGAACCCAUGACUGACUAAAUAUAACCAUGUCAUUCUUCCAAUUCCACUGUGUGUGUGUAUGUGUCUGUGUGUGUGUGUGUUAAUCUUAACCUGUGUGCUUCCAGAGAGCCAGUGGAGAGAGCGUAACAGAGCAGCAGACAGCCCCUCCCAAGCUGAGACCAACAGCAUUGGACAGGAGAACAUAGAGAUGCUGCGACAGAUCUGCAGGACGCACCAGAGGUGAGAUAGAUACUGGUGGACCAUGACAUACUGAUGUAGCAUAGUGCUGUUCUAGAACUGGGACUAAAUGCACAAUCACUUGGACAGUGAGUUGCAGCAACGGUACUGAUUGUGGCAGUAGACGGGAAAGCAAAGCAUGCCUAUUUACUUUAGUUUGUCACAUUCUGUCACCACCCACAAUAGUAACUCUCCAUAUGGGGAUCAAAGGAAUUUGAACAACAAACACUGUCUGCAUUUAAAUGCAUAUUUUAAUUAAAACAUGAUUUAUUAGCUAAAGUCAUAAUAUGUGAGAUCAUACCCUAUAUUUGAACUUUGAACAUAAGCAUUCUACUCUAGACAUGAAACAACACCUUAAUUAACUAACGCUCAUUUAAUUAUCAAAUAUUUCUCCUUACUUACUCUACUAAGCUUUAGACUCAGAUAUGUUUUCAGUCACAGAACCCCGCCCAUGUCUCUUGGUAUGUUAGUAGGGUCGUUCCACUAAAUGAGUGCCUUUUGCGUCCCUUUGGUACUUCAAGUAGAAAUUGUGCACAAAUAUAACAUUUUGAAAGCCUGUAUUAUUAAAUGAAGUGUCCUUUUAAAAUAGACCACAUGGAAAAUUCAAUAAAUCUGAUUUUGAAUAUCAAUGAAGACUUGCUAAAGUGCCACAAUUGUCCCUCUGUGCAUCCCCUGUGACUUCUAGGAAGAUUUUAACCCAUGUAACCCUAACAUUUUUCUAAGUUUUCACCAAUAUUAUAAAGCCCUAGUCAUUUCUGAAGAUUAUUAUUUAUUUCAUGUGAUUAGUGAUUCAUUUUAAGGAAAAAAACAACAACCUGUCCCUCAUUUUAAGUUCAACCCUGUUACGUGAACUGAACUUCCUUUUUAAUAUCGUGAAACUAUUCAUUUUCGAUGUUUUUUUCAAAAAAAACAUUGAACAUCUAAUAGUCAAAUCAUAGUGUAAAAGCAGGUGAGCAGGUUCUACUCUUUUUUUGGUUACCCAAAGAUAGAAAGUCUAGAAAUGUUUAAAAAAAAAUUUGGGGGGGUGAAGCAUGCAUUCAAUUGCCCCUCCCUGUUGCACACAACAAGUGUCCAUUCCCCCUGUCACAAGGGGAUUUAUGGCUGAUUUACAGUAAGAUUAAACUACUCAAAAGGCACCUAAUUGGUUGAACGACCCAGUAGCUUGUGGCAAUUUGAUGUAGAUUGAUUUAGCUUUAACAUUUUAAAAUAAAAUGGCUUCAAAACAUCAACUUACCCAAUCUGACCUCUCCUCUCCUCUCCUCUCCUCUCCUCUCCUCUCCUCUCCUCUCCCUCUCCCUCUCCCUCUCUCUCUCUCCCUCCCCCGUAAUAGACCAAUGCUUAGUGCGGAAAUGGUAAGAAAAUACAUAGCACUACACACCACCCUUUUGAUCAUGUUUCUUAGUCCAUCACAUAAGAUUAGUGUUUUUGUGACAUGGCAUUCAUGACAGAUCUGUUUUUUUCCAGAGCAUGGCAGACACGGUGCUGAAAGACAGCCACAACACCAGGGGGCAGUGUGAUGGGAGAGAGAGAGAAAGGUCACCAUCCCACCAUGGAAAAGGUCAACACAAAACCCAUCAGAUGAAUUCCUAAAUCAAUAUUAUAGAAUGGCCACUUGAGGUUGAUGAUAUCGUCCACUUUGUUCACUGGAAGUUUGGUUCUAAUCGAUAAGGGCUCAUAAUAUGGAAUCUGAUGCCAGAUGAUGCUUCCAUACUGUCUCAGCUAUAUCUACUAUUAGUGUGUGUUAGUGUGUGUCUAUCUAUGGUGAAGCCAGGUGAUGGAUCACACACACCACACCGAAUGUCCAUCUGCUGUUCAUCUGCUCUUCAUCUGCUGUUCGUUCACUGUUCGUUCGGCGCGGUGUGUUUUAAGGACCACCCUGCCGGUGGCCGUCUGACUGAUUACAUUUUCGUUCGAUUCUACAUGUAGAACCGGUUUGCACUCGGUUUGCAAAUUACGUCCGACACUCUGUUCAGAGGUGCUGAGUACUCUUGGCUGGCAAAUGCUACUGGUGUGUCCGUGCUUUAAGCAACACUUCUCUUGUCUGCAGUCAGAGUCAACAACCCUGUGAGACAGAGUGAGGAGGAUGUUGAGCAGACCACGUCAUCAGCUGUCCCUGACAUGGCUGAGGAGGAGGGAGGAGAGGAGGAGGGAGAGCGAGGAAAGGAAGAGAUGGCGGAGGAAGGGCAAGGGGUGGAUGAAGAGGAGGUGUUUGAGGAGAGUCCAGAAGAGGAGGUGCAGGUGGUGGAGUGGCCAGCGGGGGUUCCCCAAGCCUCAGCCAAAGACCUGGUCAAACUGUCUCAAGUGGAGGAGGUGAGAAAACACUGUGAUAGAGACAUAAACGGCCUCAUAACAUUAACGGCCUCAUGUUUACCGCCUUAUCUCUCUCUCUCAGUUAUCUUCUCUCGUUCUCCUCUCUCUCUCUCUCUCUCUCUCUCUCUCUCUCUCUCCUCUCUCUCUCUCUCUCUCUCUCUCUCUCUCUCUCUCUCUCUCUCUCUCUCUCUCUCUCUCUCUCUCUCUCUCUCUCUCAGUUAUCUUCUCUUGUUCUCUCGCUCUCGCUCUCGCUCUCGCUCUCUUUCUCUUUCUCUUUCUCUGUCUCUGUCUCUGUCUUUCUUUCUCUGUAUUUCUUUCUCUGUCUUGUUUGGGAGGGGACACACAUUUUGGAUUGACACACAGCCCUGGACAGGCUCAAGGGAGCCCGGAGAAGUCUUGGUAGAGGAGCUGGGUCUGUAAUCGGAAUUGGCUGUGUUUGUUACUUCAUUCCAUGUGCUGAGCCACACCAAGCGACGUGGCCAUGGGUGGAACUCUGUGAGAUUUGAGGACAGGACACAGAGGCUAUGAUGUCAUUAAAGGGCCACAACAGACGCCUGUAGAACAAAUAGCUCACAUACAGGUCCUGCUAAAUAAAUCAGACAAUGGUUUUGACAAUGACGUCCUGAAAUUACAAAAUAUUAGAAGCUUUUUUAAACCUCGAAUACAGUUUGCAUUUCCUGCAACAACAGGGUGAUCAAAUAAAGAUCCUACAUCUGUGCAUCAUUGCAGUUUGUUGUGCAAACAUACAAUUAAUUUCACCUCUAGGUGGCGUUAUUUCCAAUACAGAGCACUACUUUUGACCUGGUCAAUAUAGUGAACAUGGUGCCAUUUCAGAUAUAGCCUGGGAUUUUCCGUCUAUUCCCUGUAAUAAUACCACUCAUUCCCACCACUCUGCUCCCCUCCAGAGCUCCUCACCAGAUGGCCUGGUGUCCAUUCUAAAGAGGAGGAGGGCGUCGUUAGAUGGCCUGCCCCCCGAGGGUCCCGAUGCAGCCAAACAGAACUCCAAACGCAAGGUCCGCUUCAGCGAGCCAGAGGAUGGCAUGGAGCCAGGUAUGGAUCAGCCCAAAAACAACCUCUGUCUUCACACACACACAUUUUAGCAGACGCUCUUAUCCAGAGCGACUUACAGUAGUGAGUGAAUACAUUUUCAUACUGGUCCCCCGUGGGAAUCGAACCCACAACCCUGGCGUUGCAAGAGACACGCUCUACCAACUGAGCCACACGGGGACCCCCCCCACACACACACACACACGCACACACACACACACAGUCUAUACAAGCUAUACUUAUUAUACAUGAACUCUUAUAUCUUCAAUAAAAACAUAAUAAUGUCAAUGUAAAUGUAUGAUAAUAGCAUUGUAGUAACACCUCACACCAUCUGUGUUUACCAUCUGCACCACGUACCAUUAUCUGUGUUUACCAUCUGCACCAUGUACCAUUAUCUUGUUCAAAAUAUUAAUCUGUAUUUUUUUUUCUCUGUGCAGACGAGGUGGGCGUAGACUCGUUUUUGAUCCUGCUGUUGUUGUGCCUGGUAACCGUGGUGAUCAGUCUGGGCGGGACAGCUCUGUACUGCACCCUAGUGGACACAUACAGUAGCAUCUGCAUUGACUUCUCUCACAAUGUAGACUUUUAUGUUGUGCACAUACAACGCUUCCUGGACAGGCUCAAACACUGGCUGCCCAUACGAUCAUAG